AUGAAUCCAGAAGUUGUAAAGGUCGUUCUGCUUGGCGAUAGUGGCGUCGGAAAAACAUCAAUUAUCAACAGAUUCAUGACUGGUAAAUACUCUGAGUCUCUCAAGCCAACAAUCGGCGCAGCUUUUGUUACAAAGAACGUUGUCGUCGAAGGCCAUAAUCUUGAGCUCAGAAUUUGGGAUACUGCCGGCCAGGAAGUUUAUCGUGGCUUAGCACCAAUGUAUUAUCGUAGUGCUAAUAUUGCCAUCAUUGUCUACGACGUCACAAACCAGCCAUCAUACGAAUCAGUCGACUAUUGGGUUGGAGAAUUAAAGAAGAACCUCAAAAAUUCAUCAGUUAUAAUGAUUUGCGGCAAUAAGGCUGAUUUGUAUGAUGACAGAGUCAUUCAUGAUUCUAGUGCUAAAGAUUUAGCAGCUGCCAAUGGUGCUCUUUAUUGCGAGACUAGCGCUUCAUCCGGCACUGGUAUUAACCAAUUGUUCGAUAUGACAAUCUCCAAGAUGUUAAAGGACAAUGCUGUUUCUGAAAAUGGUCAGGAAGGUGGCAUUGAUAUUAAGGAAGAUAAGAAGAAAGACAAAGGUUGCGCUUGCUAA